GGACUGUUCACAGGCGCGUCACUGUUCAUUCGCGUGGCCAUUGUUCAUUCGAGCCCCAAUUGAAUGACGCUUUUGCCCUUCUCUUCUUCUUCUAAUUACGGGUUACCAUGCUUCUAUACGUUUCCAGACAUCUCUAUAUGAGGCAACCGACCUCAUACUUUUCCAGAAGUCUCUAUCUUGAGGCAAUAUAGAGAACCACAGUUGAUCCUUAUUAAACCAAGCGUUGCAACCGACCUCAUACUUUUCCGGAAAUCUCUAUCAAAAUCGAAAUCCAAUCUGAUAAUCCACCGACAUCAGCGAUUAAAUAUGAUCAGCCUCUAUCCAAAUCGAGCUUCAUAUUCAACCGACCUCGGCGGGGGAAUUGAAAUCAAGAACAGUAAGAAUUGGGUAAACCUCUAUGGAGAUGGCAGCUGAGAAUGCCAAGAGAGGAAUAAAGAGGUUCUUGGAACAAUCCACAAGUGACCGAGUUGAUCAAGGAGAAUCUAAAUGUAGUUGUGUCAAAUCAAAGAGAUUGAAAACAAUGUUUCAUCUAGAAAUCGCUGGAGGAUCUAAUGAAUGUCAGAAUGAAAUACAAUCAGGAGAUGAUGAUCAAAAUGUCACUCAAGAUUCAUUGGUGGAAUUAAAUGAAAAUAAUUCUUUCCAACACCUCCCAACUGAUGAUGGACACAGCAACAACUUACAAGGAUAUGGAGACCGAAGGGGUUGAACACUGACAAAUAUGAUGGGCUUCAUUGAUUUUCUUAAAGCUGCAAUCCAUGAAAUCUCUCUCUACUUGCUCAAUUGUAAUAUGAUAUGAUGUACAUCAUAUUUUUAUGUAUACAAGCUAUGCUCUGAGUUUUAGGUCCAAGCAAGUAAUUGUUCAAUUAUGUAGUGGUUGAUUUUAGUUUAAU